GCAGCAGGCAGAGAGAGCGAGAGAGAGGAAAGAUGGUGGCACCGAAGUAUGGCCCGACGGGGGGCUCCUCCCCGUUGGGCACCUCUCAAGAUUCUGCCUCGCGGAGCAGCGAAAAGAAGAGAGAGCAGGUGCUGCAACGAUUGAUUGAACAAGCAGGGGAGAGCAGGUCGGAAGGAAACUCGCUGUUCAAACACCAGUCCUACGCCGAAGCGGAGAUCAAGUACUCCAAGGCAAUCCACACCCUGCAGAAGGCGAAUUCCCGGCAAGUUGGGCGGACCAGACCUGGUGAAGUCGCUCAACAACCGCAGCCGCGUGCCUUGCGGGAUCUGAAAAACUCUGCCGACCUCGGCAACGCGGAUGCUAAGCGGCUGCUGCUGUCUCAGGCUAGAAAGAAGAAGGCUGGCGACGGUAACGCCGCCCUCACCAAAACCACCAGCAGCAGCAAGAACAACGGCGGCGCUGCUGACUCCAGGCCUUCUGCUGGCGGUUGCGGUGGCGCCAACUCUUCGGUACGGGGGGCGGCUUCGACGUCGGCGUGCUCUGCAUCGGCAACGGUGGCGGCAGGAAGGAGGGCAAGAGGCGCUGCCGGCGCAGCCGCGGCGAGGACCGGCGGGGGCGGGAACCCGGUUAGGCUGGAAGCUCGCCUGGAAGCACGGGCGGGGGUAGAGCUGACCUUCGGCGGCACAAGCCAAGACUCGCGCAGGAGCUGGCUCCCGACCGAAGCAGGAUCCGGCGGUGGGGGUGAUUGCAUUGUUAGGAGCGCGGAGGCUGGCGGUGCUUCCAGCGGCGGCAGCUCCUGCGGCGGUGAUAGCAGCGACGGGGCGGUGACCGCGAGGGUGGAAACCCCGCGGAGGCGCCGGCCGCGUCCGUGGCUUGGGGGUUCACCGGGCAGCGGCAACCCGGGGAUGGUGAAGAACGGCACUGCUGCUGAGAGGGAGGAGGAGAGCGAUACGUACCCAGCCCCUCAACCCGCUCUCGGGGGUCCCGCUGUCCGACGGUGCUAUGGGCCUGUCGGUGGGAGUGAGGUGGAUGCGGCCGAUGUUGCGAGCACGUUUGAGGCCGGUGAUGCAGCUGGUGACGGGGAUGCUCGCAUCGGAACACAAGGAGAAGACGCGUAUAAGGGAGACGGCAGUGAUAAGCAGGGAGAAGAUGCACAAACCGAGGCGGCGGCGCCGGAGGCUAGCGCCGGGGUUGGUUUUGAGAUUGGCGAAGCCCCGCCGCCGGAGGCGCAGGCGCAGCUUAUUCGCUGGCUGGUGGCGCAGGAAGAGGAGAAGGAUUGCGAGGGUAACAUUUGGGCGGUCUUGGACAAGAGGUGGUGGCAAAGGUGGCAGCUUUACACGGGGUGCUACGAGCACGCGCAUGCCGCGGGCGAAGCUGGUAGCGGCACCGUAGAGAAACCUGCAGGCGGCGAUGGUGGCGGUGGGACUGCUGCCGCAGACGAUGCUGCCGCUGCUGGUUCUGGUAAUGCUGUCGCUGGUGCUGCCGCUGAUGGUGCCGCUGAUGGUUCUGCUGAUGGUUCUGCUAGUGCUGGUUCUGCUGAUGCAGUCGGUGCUGGUACUGCUGAUGCGGCAGCUGCUGGUUCUGGUGGCGCUGUUGCUGCUGAUUCCGCUGAUGACGUCGCUGCUGAUGCUGCCGGUGCGACUGAUGCUGCAGACCCUUCGGUUAGUGAGGCUGGUGUUGCCAGUUCUAGGGCUACCGCUGGUGCAACCGGUCUCCCUGCUCCCGCUCCUCGUGCUGCCAACGCCGAGACAUCAGUUGCCGCCCGACCAACAGCAGACUCAGAUGCCGACCAGGCAACAGCAGACCUCGAUGCAAAGGCGGCGGCGAUGGCGGCGGCGGCGGCGGCAGCGGGGCCAGACCCGGACGGCACCCCAGCGGAAGACACCGGUGCUGGCCCGGCGGCCGACCUUGACUCGUCACCGGUAGAAGAGGAAGAAGCACCGCCCCCUGGAGGAACGGCGAUAGCAACGGAAGAGAGCGGGGAUGGCGGGGGGCUACAAGAGACGACGGCGGGAGAAGACGAAAGCACCGAGGAGGUAGGGGGUGAUGCUAAUAUCGUGCCCCCCCCUGCGUCUGCGGGCUCUGGUGCCGAUAUGGGAGACGGCGAAGGUGGCGAGGGGCCGGUGGAGAAAGACGGCGAGGCAGGAACAAACGGACAUCACAAGACAGCAACUCCGCAACGAGUCGAACCCCCCGCAGCACACCCUGGCCCAAUCGAUAACUCGGAGCUGGUCUUGGAUGCGGGGACACCGGGAACCAUCCCCGGGACGGGGCGACGCCUCCGCUUGCGUCUUGUUCGGGGUUACCACUUUGUCCUCGUGCCGCAGGAGGCUUGGAUUGCUCUGCACGCGUGGUAUGGUGGGGGGCCCGCGUUGCCAAGAGCGCUGGUGCCGAUCCGAGAUAGCGACUCCGGGCGUGUCGUGUACGAGCCCCAGCUCUUUCCGGAGUUUUCACGACUAGAUCCGGUCCUGAGAUCAGCCACUGUGUGCAGCAGUGGCAUUGUUGGCAACAACGACGACGCCCCUUCUAACGAGGAUUUUGCUAGCGACAAAGAAGACGGUCCUAUCGCCAACGGUAGUCCCGUCGAAGAGAACCCUCUUGUGGCAGAAGUAGCAGCAGCAGCUGAUAGCAAAGAAGACACCGGGGGUUCCGUUGACGGAAAUGGGGAAGGGGGAGAAUCGACGGGGCCACCGCCAGCACCGACGGAAGCAGCAUCGCCGGCACCACCAGGAGCGGUAGCGGAAGGGCCACAGGAGAAUCGCAGUGGCGGCGGCGACGGCAGCGGUACCGGUGGUGGCGUGCAGGUGGAGGGGGCGGGCGGCGGAGAGGGGAAGGGGGACGGUAGUGUAGACAAGAAGACAAAGAAGACUGGAGAUGCGUGGUACCCCUGCGCGGCGUGCGGAGCCCCCUGCAAGAAGAAGUGCACCUCAUGCUCCAAGACGCAGCACAGGGUGUCUUACUGCUCCCCGGCCUGCCAGAAGGCCCACUGGAGGUUUCACAAGAAGUUCUGCGGCGGCAAGGGUUCGGGAACCGGGCUGUCGCUGGCCAAGAGAGGAAAGGCGGGCCUGGACAACCUGGGAAACACGUGCUUCCUCAACUCGGCCGUGCAGUGCCUCAGCCACGUCCAGCCUCUCACGAGACACGUCCUCAGCAACGCCUUCCAGGAAGACCUAAACCUUACCAACCCACUCGGGACGGGCGGGCGACUUGUCCAGGCCUACGAACAAGUGCUUAAGGAGCUGUGGUUCGGCAGCGGGAGCUCGGUGUCCCCCUCGGGCCUCAAGAGCGCCAUCGCGAAGUUCGCCCCGCAGUUCAACGGCUACUCGCAGCAGGACUCGCAGGAGGUCCUGUCCUUCCUCCUGGACGGACUGCACGAGGACCUGAACAGGGUGCUCAAGAAGCCCUACCUCACGCUCCCGGAUGGAGAGUGCGGGAGGCCUGAUUCGAUCAUCGCAGCGGAGUCGUGGGAGAUGUUCGGCAUGAGGGACAAGAGCGUCCUCGUGGAGAGUCUGUACGGCCAGUUCAAGAGCACGCUCGAAUGCCAGCAGUGCGGCAAGUUAUCGCGCAAGUUCGACGAGUUCAACGUGAUGCCCGUCGAGCUCCUGGACGGACAGCGCCUGCAGGUAAUCCUGGACUUCGCGCCGCUCCUGAACCCCUCUGCUGCGCCAACGGCAGCCAAGGCAGCAGCAGGAGGCGACGGGAAAGGCGGCGGAAACCUCAGCGCGGCGAUGCUGCUGGGGGGACCGGGCGUGGAGGGACGCAAGCCGAGGAGAGUCGCGGUGUUGGUUCCGAAGGAGUCGUUGGUGGCGGACGUCAAAGCCGAGUUGGCGGUGAUGUUCGACAUCGGCGUGGACGAGAUGGUGAUCGUUGUGUCACCCAUCAGCGGACAGCCAUUCUUCCGCAUCCUCCCCGACUCGGCACAGAUUUUGCCGUUCACCCAGGGCGGCUACGAAAUCACGGCCCACGAGUGUGUCCCAGGGCAGCGGCACGCCCUAGUCGUCAACCGCGUGUUCGACGGGGGACGGCACGUAUCCUCCCCGGAGGGGCCGCGAGCGAUCGAUCCCCUAGCGCAGUGGGCGCAGGUGUCGGCCCUAAGCCGCCUGCGGGGGAACGACCGGGACGCGCCCUUCCUGCUGUCGUUUCCCGAGGAUGUGUCCUGUCUAGGGCUGCUAGAAAUCGUGUGGGACUACAUGCGGGAUUUCCUGCACCUCACCAAGCAAGAGUACGACGACGACCAUCUCGGCCACACCCUCGCUAGCUCCGGACACAUCAAGGUAUCCGAGGCGAGCGAGUUUUUCUCUCCGAUGGUGGUACAGUACGACCAGCGCCAGAUGCAGUGGCAAGACCGGCUGGACGCUCACAACGGGGUGGUCGUUUCGGACUUGGGGCGGUUCAUCCCUCCGACGGACGCCGUGCGAGCGGCGGACGUGUUGCGACGACGACAACAACAACAACCGCAAGGUGUGAUUCUGCAGGACUUGUGCGGCGGCAGAGUCCAAGACUUGGACAUCCUGAGGCUUGAAUGGAGCGGCUUUCUGCUGGACAAUCUGAACGAGUCGAGGAUCCACCACCAGUGCUUCGGGGAGGACAAUCACAGCAGCGUGCAAGAUACUGCACUGCGUGCGAAGAGAGUCAGCCUCCAGGACUGCCUACAAAAGUUCUCUGUUCCGGAGACGUUGUGCAAGGAUAACUCUUGGUACUGCAGCCGCUGCAAGGAGCUCAGACAGGCGGUCAAGACGAUCCAGGUCUGGUCUCUUCCCGAGGUGCUGAUCCUACACUUCAAGCGCUUCUCCCACGCAGGGCCCAACCGCGGCAAGGUAGAGCUGUUCGUCGACUUUCCCAUCAACGGCCUGGACAUGUCUCCCUACUGCCGCGGAGAGACGCUGGAGGGGGGCCGCCCGAUGUCGGCGCUCUACGACCUGUUCGCGGUUUCCAACCACAUGGGCGGCAUGGGGCACGGCCACUACACGGCCUUCGUUCGGGACUGGGAGGGGAGCGGCAUGUCCCAGGACUGGCACGUAUGCGACGACCACGACUGCCGCCCGGUGCCCGAGGCCAGGGUGCGCACCGCCCACGCCUACGUGCUCUUCUACCGGAGGAGACCUUUGGCGUAAAACCGACGCUGUGCCGUUUUUUGCACAUCGCGCGGUCGGAAGGAUUCGACGGUACAGCUACAGCAUCAAUGCCAGGAGUACUUGCGGAGUAGCACGCGACAUGAGUUUACCUCUGCUGCUGUGUGCUGGACCGUUUUACAACUCGUCGCGGUCCAACAGUAGUUCGACGUUGCAACCACGGCGAUGUGGAGAAGUACACGCGUUGAACCGCGACUGGAGUGAGAGGUUACAAGCUGACCUGGGAAUUAAGCUGUUGGCGUUUAACCCGGUGUUUUGUAGACCAUAUAGGCCGUGGGCCCUUCAAGUUUUGUUCGAUGCUAUUGCGUCUGUUGCGGAGACAGCGGCGCGUGUUCCGUUCCAGGAGAAUCAGCUUGGUCGAUUUCGCACCCAAGGGAGAAGCCAUGGCACGAAGUGACAUGGUGGCAAGCCGCAUCGAUCGGCCAGUUGGUGUGGCAUCAUUUGUGCCUUUGUACUGGCGGAGAUCGGUGGCUUCAAUUGCAUCGCAAACGGGAGCUAUGUUCCGAAGCCGGCAGUUGUGUUGGCAGUCUGUUUUAUGGUAAGAGACAACCCUUGUUGGCAUGGCUGGCACGAACUAACUACAAUUACACACAUCUGUUUUGUGGUGUUGUGUGCCCUUGUGUUGCGGUCAUUUGAGAGGAGAAUGAAGCCACAGUCGCCGGGACAAAAGGCGUUAGACAAAUCGUGAGUGCACACACACGGUUUGGAGUAGGGACGAACGGCUCGCGCUCCUGUAUUCGGUCUGUGAACCCGAGGGGAGAAAGCAGGUUGUCGAGGUUUCUUCUGUGUUGCGAAAGUGUCGUUCUUCUACGUGGCGUGCGGCAGAACGUUACCAUUCCGUUGGGGGGGUGGACUGGGUAGAUUUCACGGGCCGUUUGUUGCGGCGGGUCGUCAGUCGUAGACACCGGCCCAUCUGGCCUUGCUAACCAACCAAAGCUGGUGUCUAUUAUCAACAGUUGAAACGAAACAAGCGUCGACAUUUGU